GCGUGCUCGUUCCCGCGUCAAUUGUAUUUGAUGACUGUGAUACUUGUAGCGAUGUGAGAGGAACAAAUUGAUGACACGAAUGAUUGGGCGCGAGACCCAGGAUCAAGUCUAGUCCGAGCAUCCGGGGCGCUCCAUCGUUCGGCUGAAUGGACUCACCUCUCUCACAACCCGAGUGGCAUCUUCACUUCCGCUCUAUGACGAUAACAUCACACAUUUUUGGAUGACAGACUCGUAAACAGAACGGUAGGAGAACAAAAACUACCAGGACGACCUUGACACAUUUCGGGAAUCACUAAAGAUGAAUAUCGAUCAUAGGAUGCUCGCACUCGACCCCACCGCAAUAUUAUCAAUGUUGAUAUCCAGACCCGCGCCUCUGUCCAGGAUCUGCGCAUUCAACUUGACGGGGUACGGUCCGACACCAAUGAGUGCGGUGCUCAUCGAGCCGACGUUCACUCCAGUCUCGUACACCGUAACCCCGAGCGGACCGAAAACGAGCUUGAUUUGGUAUGCGGACCCUCCAGGAACGAAUGCCGAGGUGCCGAUCGUCUGGAAACGUUGG